UUUCUUCUCAACUCAACAAACGAUCAUCGUAAACGACUGUCGUCGAGGACUUGUGGCGCCCGUGCUCUACACAAAACUACGACGCGAGGCUCCUCCUCCUUACAAAAGCGAACAAGUUUCUGCACCAGAAGAAAGAGAGGGAGAGAGAAAGAGAUGAGAUUCCAGAGAUCGCUGGCGGUUGUGUUUCCCCGGAUAAGAAACAAAUUUCAAUCUCAAGCUUCGCGUUACUUUUCCUCGCAGCUUGAAUCAGAACAACGGUCCUCUUUUGGAAUCGCGUUUGAUAUCGAUGGGGUUAUUCUUCGUGGCCGAGAUCCCAUUGGUGGCUCUCCUCAAGCUAUGCGUAGAUUAUACGGAGAUUCUGGAAACUUGAAUGUUCCUUUUUUGUUCUUGACAAACGGAGGCGGCGUUCCUGAAUCGAAAAGAGCUAAUGAGUUAAGUGAACAGCUUGGAGUAAAGAUUUUACCCUCUCAGGUUUUACAGGGUCAUUCACCAUUUAAAAGUUUGUCGGAAAGAUAUGAGAAUCAAUUAAUUAUUGCUGCUGGAAAAGGAGAACCUGCUGUAGUAAUGUCUGAGUAUGGUUUCAAAAAAGUUGUCUCCUUAGAUGAGUAUGCAUCUCUCUUUGAGAACAUUGAUCCUCUGUCUGAAUACAAGAAGUGGACAGCUAACCAAGUGUUGGAUAGGAGUGUUCACCCCAUGAAUACAGUGCCAAGAUAUGAUGUUUCUUCUGAAGCAGUUAAGGCGGUAUUUGUUGUUAGUGACCCUGUAGACUGGGGCAGGGACAUCCAGGUUCUCUGUGAUGUUUUAAGAUGCGGGGGUCUUCCUGGACAGGAGAAUGGUCAUCAGCCUCCUCUAUAUUUUGCUUCUGAUGAUCUUGAAUAUAAGGCUGCAUUUCCUUCCAAUCGACUUGGAAUGGGGGCUUUCAGAAUUGCCCUGGAAAGUGUUUUCAAUAGAGUUCACCAUAAUCCUCUAGAGCAUGUUUCCUUUGGGAAGCCAAAUCCAGUUGUAUUUAAGAAUGCUGAAGCUAUGUUGAGGCAGCUUCAACCAUCUUAUCAUAGCGAUAGUUCUAAGGAAUCUGGAGAUUCGGGUUUGCAAUCAUUCAAAACCCUUUAUAUGAUUGGUGACAACCCUUCAGUUGACAUUAAAGGUGCACGGCAGGCAGGACAUCCCUGGUUUUCUAUCCUGACAAGGACAGGUGUUUUCCAGGGAAAGCAUAACCAUGCAGAGUUUCCUGCAGAUCUGGUUGUUGAUACUGUGGAAGAGGCAGUGGACUAUAUUCUUGGAAGGGAGUGUGUUUCAUAGGCUAUCUGUAACUUAAUAUGCUCCAUUUUUCCUUCAGAAUCAAUCAUUUCAGACUGUUUGUUUUAGAAAUUAAGAAACUUGAAGCCUUUUUUAAUGAGAAAAUAUGUUUUAGGCCUGAAAUUUGCCGAAAUCAACACUUGAUUCCUGAUGACACCAUACCUGGCCUGUUUUCGCAGCCACCGCCAUUUCAAAUUGUAGGUGUAUUUGUGGCAAAAGCCUUUUGCUUGUAAUUAGCACCUUAUGUGCAUGGUUAGCUUACGAUAUUGAUAAUAGGCUUCCGUAGUUCAGCUGACAAACUCGCCCGUCAGUUUUCAUCUCUUUUGUCUCCCGAGGAUUUAGACACUUUUCAAGCCAGAGCAGGGAAUCUAUUUCCAUGCACUUUGUGUUUAGCCUUGCGAUGGAUGAUUCAUAUUGUAAAACCUCCGUGAACAUUAGCUGUUUCUUGUUAUCCUUAAUGAUCAGUGACCGAUGGUGUAA